ACUGUUGUCGUCAUUAAGUGUCCGUCGCUCGACUUGUUCUGAUCUUGAGUCUGCUGGUCUUCUCCUUUAUGGUUCCAGUCAUGGUCAUCCCAGUUAUAGCCGUACUGGCGUUGUCAGCGGCUGGAUUGACGCACACUGAGGCGGCACUGCGCAGGAGGCGAAUUCUGCUUUCAGACUUGAUGAUCAAUGAUGUGCUGGGUCCUCCACUUCAUCCUGAUGAAUUUGAAGUCAGCAUGAGAUUAGUCCAUGCCUCCAUUGACACUUCCCGUCAGCGUGAUCCUAUCGAGCUGGCGGGACUGUAUCAAGGGGACAUCAUGCUUCGGUCCGCUCCUCCCUCCUUCAGGAACGCCGUGGUAGAUCCUGCUCAGCGAUGGAAGGAUGGCACCAUCCCUUAUGUCAUAUCCUCCUCGUAUGAUGCUACGGAGCGGACUACAAUCGCUAGGGCAAUGGAAGAGAUAGAACGAAAUACCUGCGUUCGCUUUGUUCCUCGUAUACGAGAAAGCGACUACAUUCACCUCUUGAAGGCGUACGGGUGUUCCAGCAACGUGGGCCGCUCCGGUGGCCCUCAGCCAAUCACGCUGGACGCGAGCUGCCUCUACGUGGGUGUCAUCAUUCACGAACUGAUGCACGCGGCCGGAUUCUGGCACGAACACUCCAGGAAUGACCGGGACAACUACAUCAUCAUCAAUAAAGCCAAUGUUCAGAGCAGCGAGUGGCUUAAUUUUAAAAAGUACUCCUGGGAUGAAGCGAAGACCUUAGGCGUCACAUACGAUCUGGACUCUGUGAUGCACUACGGUCCAUAUGCCUUCGCCAAAAAUCGAUCUGUGCCGACCAUCAUACCUCGAGUGACCGGGACGAAAAUGGGCCAGCGUCAAGGACUCUCCCAGAAGGAUAUCGUCAAACUGCGAGAACUAUAUAAAUGUGGGGCCAGGGAGGAUUUGCCGACCAUGCCUCCUACCUCCUCAUUGACCACAGCAGCAAUUGUUGGCUCUUGUGAGGAUCUCAACCAACACUGCCAGGCAUGGGCAGCGGCCGGGGAGUGUGAUGCCAACCCGGCCUGGAUGCACAAGAGCUGCAGGAAGGCGUGUGUCAAGUGUGCUUCAGGUUCUGCUGGAGGAGCGAUGCCGUGUCGGGACAGCCACAAGUACUGCCGCCCCUGGGCCACGAGGGGAGAGUGCACCAGCAACCCGGGGUACAUGCUGUCUAUCUGUCCAGACUCUUGCGGCCGAUGUUGAGGGACCCGAGAAUUGCAGAUGUCUUGCCAAGGUGCCCCAGCUAUACUGGAGAAUUCAAAGUCGAACCACUAGCCACAACGCUUUAUUCGUCUUAGCGUUUCGACCUGUAAUCCACAAAUGAAUCAAUGCCGGCACGUCAAUAAAUAAUAAAUCAUGGCAUCGACAAUAAACAUAUCCACCACAAUAACACUACAGUUGAUAAACCCUACACCCAUUAGAGAUAAAUCAUACACGUACACAAAAUAAAUAAACGAAAUAUAGCAAUAAUAUUGGCAACUUUUUACAACAUAAACAUGUCACUCACUUCAGUGGUCCCACCUUUGCCAUAAUGAAUCUCAGGACUCCACCAAUGUUCAGUCACCACACAAUCACCACUGCACCGGCUCUGCAAGCCCAACAUACAACUAAACACUUAACCACCAAACUAUCACCAACAGGUGUCAGGUACACCACACUGACCGGCAAAUCAAGCGACUGCCACUGGUAAAAGGGGAACAUAAAGUAUAUGGAUAACACAUUGUAAUUUCCUAUACACCACAAAGAAAGAAAAUUCAUAUAUAUAUACCAUAAAUAACCGUGCAAAACCACAAAGCUACCCCCCACCAACACCGCUGCCGUGCCUCUCACUACUGCCAGCUGGCCAGGCUGGUCACCGCUACAACCAGCCGUUCUACAAAUGCUAUCCAAAAGCGCGCCGCAUACGUGGCAGGCCUCUCUGGCCAAUACAAUAUAUAUACAAUACAAUAAUCAUAUUAUAAAACUGGCCAAUACAAUAAAUAUACAAAUAAUAAUCACAAUACAAAAUAUCAUGCUAAUGAUACAACACACACACACACACACACACACACACACACACACACACACAUCAUUCUAGGAUGUUGCUUAGAUUGUGAAAAGUUCAGAUUCCGAAACUAUUUUUUCCGUAAGAAAUAAUGGACAGUGAAUUAAGAAGAAAUCCUAUUUUAAAGACACUUAACUGCAAAUACACGUGGUUAAAGUAAAAUAAGAUGUUUAAAUUACCAAAAUAUUAAGUAAUAUUAUUGAUAAUAAUAAAAAAAAAAAUCGCUUCUAAAUCUGUGUGAGUGUGUAUGUAUUUGAUUUUCACAUAAGAAUAAAGGAACUUAAGAAAGGAGACUCCAAACACUGUUUGGCAUACACUGGAUAGCUCAUUUAUUAAUCACGAAAGGUCUCUCCUUGCCAACUUUCCAGUUACCUCAUUUCUUCCCUAUUCAUAAAAAUCAUUUAACCUAGCGUGUUGGCGCUAACAAUAAAACUAUUCCAUU